AUGGGCGAUCUUGCAGCAGCAAAAACGGAAGUAGAAAGACAAGUUGAUAACUACGUUCAGCCCGCCAUCCCGAGAUUCGAUGGUGACUAUGAUCAUUGGGCGAUGUUGAUAGAAAAUUUCCUUAGUUUAAAGGAGUUGUUUGAUAUGGUUGAGACGGGUUAUGUAGAGACAAAUGAAGGCGAGUUAGAAGAGACUUUGAAAUUCUCCAAAUGCAAAAAGGGAGAAAUGAUGAAUGGUUAUAUUAGCAAGGUUAUGAGUCUUGCAAGUAAAAUGAGAAUGCAUUGUGAUUCAAUCACAGAUGUUGCGGAUGUAGAAAAAAUUUUGCAAUCUCUAAUUCCAAAAUUCGAUUACAUUAUAUGUUCUAUUGAAGAAGCAAACAACGUCGAAGAUAUGCAAAUAGAUGAACUUCAAAGCUUCUUGCUAGUGCAUGAGCAGAAGCUUAAUCGCACGAGUGCAAUAGAGGAGAUGACAACCUUAAAAAUAUCCACACCAGGUGAAACUUCAAGUUCCAGAGGUAGAGGGCAAAGAAGAGGCAAAGGUUGUGGAAGAGGUAGUCGAGAAAGAAGUGGAGGUGAUGGCAGGUCAGCAGAUCUAGUCAGAGACGAUUAUGAUAACAAAGGCAAGAGACAUUUUGACAAGUCUAAGGUGGAAUGCUACAGAUAUGAAUGCCUUGGACAUUACAAGAAUGAAUGCUAUACCAGGCUCCAAAAGGAGAAAAGAGAUCAAUCCAACAUUGCGGAGAAAAGAGAAGAAGAAACAUUGUUAAUGUCAUUUCAUGAUAUCAAGGUUGCAGAUUAA